GCUAGAAAAUCAUGUUACAACAAAAGGUAUGCAGCAGCAACAACAAAAGUACGAGAUACAAAUAAAAGCAUUGUCUACCAUCACUGAUGCAUGAAUUUAGCUUGUCCAAUUAACUAGUGUUAAACCUUAAGCUUCAUAGAUAUAUCUCAACUUUGGUGACUAGAUGCAAUAUAGUCACCACUACAUACAUAUAUUUUCAUGUUUUACAUUUGAUAUGCUAAUGUAUAUAUUAUACAAGGCUGUAGCCAAAGAGUGGUUAGCAAUGGAAGCAGCUCAAAGACUCGGAGCUGUUGCUGUGGAGCAGAGAGUAGGUAUCAUGCGAGAAGGGUAGGAGAGGCAGAGAAGGAACUGGGUACUAGAGGCGUGCCGACGAAGCCGAGACCAAGUCGGAAAAGCGAGCACCAGGUGGGGAGAUACGUGGUAGCCACAACAAUCGCUCCCCGCUAUCGUCAAGUGGUGCCCUCUCCCUCCGCUCACCCUCGUUGGAGUGGACAUUCCAUCACUCCGGUUUCUUCCAGCUCCCCACCCCCGUAUUGUCCCACUCCCCUCUAGAUUCCCCGCGCAUUCCUUACAAAUUGCCCCUGCAGACGUGCGUUUUUCAUACUCUGUCUCGUCUCGUACAGUGGUUUUUUGUUCAUAAACCCCGAGAUUGUAAGAGUCGCCGUCGGUUGCUCCUUGAAGGUGUCUAGGAUCGGCUCGCGAAGAUGGUGAAGCUUACCUCCGCUCGCCAGGCUCGCCUGUACGGGCCUCUGUCCACGCGAGACAUGGUGGAGAAUUGGAACUCGUUUCUGUAUUUGGUGGGGACCAUUCUGCUGGCUGCAGGGAUGUUGCUCUUGUUGCCAAGCUUCGAGAUGCGCAGCUGGAGCCUUUGGAUUGUUCUCGUUGGGUUUGCAGUGAUUGUGGUCGUCAAUUUGCAUGACUUGCAUGCACACUUGGCUGGAAUCGAUUACGAUUUUACCCUCCUGUCGAUGGAUACCCAGUGGUGGAUGUUCGAGCUCGCCGUUCCGACUGUCCACGCAAUGGGUUCCAUUCUGCUGUGCAUCGCGACCUUCUUGCUUAUCAGGGUGAACGCGGGAUCGUACGACCAAAGCGAGGUUAAUUUUAAGUUGACUCAAGCUUUCCGACUUGUGAUCUCAGGCUCUGCUCUGUGGCUCCUUGGAUCCAUCCACAAUGCAUUCUAAAUAUAUGAGAAAGCCAACGCCCGAGUCCAGCUCCUGCAGAUGGCCACGUCGUUGCCCUGCUUGGUCUCCAGCGAGCUUCUUCUUCUGAGCGGAAUUCUUCCACUGCAAAUAUCGAAUUUUGGACAUGGUCGCAAAUUAAUGAACAUUGCAAUAUGGUUGGCUCUAGUAGCAAGCGUCUUGUUGGUCGUGGCCGCACUCCUGAACGCAUUCCGCGUGGUGUUUCUGCAACAAGCCGACAGGGUCGGUGGCCACCUGGAGAUACUGCGAGGCGGUGCUAAGGAGCGACUUCGAAGCUUCCGUGCCAACUCCGAGCCCUUGUUGAGCUCCACAAACAAGUCCCAAGCCGACAUCGAGUCUCACCAGGCGGAAGUGCAACCCUACCGGGGUCCCGUCGUCCCCUCGGAGCCGCUGCCUCGUUAAGUCCGCCGCCGCGUUGCAGCGCCGUGUGUGCUCUUCUGUUAUUAUUGUUGUUGUUGUCGUUGUUGUGAUUGUUUUGCCAGUUGGAAGCUUGUGAUCUGCUCCCUUCUUGGAUCUAGACCUACGCAUGCAUGGCUAUGCAGCGACGGUGCGAGGUCUGCGGUGGAAAACACCGCAAUCCUGGUGGAACAGCGAGGCCAAUCCAGACAGCGGUAGAGCAUCUCAACAAGGCUUUUAUUUUUCCUGAUAGGAGGAGGAGUUUUUCUGAUAGGAGGAGGAGUUUAUCUGAUAGGAGGAGGAGUUUAUCUGAUAGGAGGAGGAGGAGUUUAUCUGAUAGGAGGAGGAGUUUAUCUGAUAGGAG